UGGACGGAAUGGGAGGUUAACUCGACUGCGAGUGCUUGAGAACAUUUCCUGCUUCGUUAUUCCGGAAUACACGCAUACAAUUGCAAGAAAUUUACUGGCCUAUUUAGACUGUUUUCUAUCAUUUUGUAUAAUUGUCUGCGACGUGAACCGUUAAUUUGAAUUUAUGUGAGGGACGUGUGUCGGCAUAAGACAAGUUGCGUUUCGAACAUUUACCCGGUAAGAUGUAUAAUUCGACUACUGUGGCAUAAUCCGUCGUGUUAUUCGGAAAGAUCAAUCCUGAAAAGAGUCGCCCAAAGUAUUUUCGAUCGACCAGGCAGCGAAUUUUCAAAGUCUUUUAGAAGCCUUACGCACAUGGCGAACGAUGCAGAAAGGAAUUUGAGUGGAAACAAACUUAAAACUAAACUGCCAACGAUACCAGGCACGAGACCUUCCUUACGAAAUUCACAGUUGCUUAUUUCAACGGGGAUACCUUCCUUAGACAGUACGAUAGGUGGAGGUUUACCUAUUGGCUCAAUAUUUUUAAUUGAGGAGGACAAGUAUGGUUUCUACGGUAAAAUUGUAAUAAAAUAUUUUAUGGCGGAGGGAAUAGUGGUGUCUCAGCCUGUACUGAUUGCAUCUCAAGAUGUCCAGCCUUCCCAACUUGUAUCAGGAUUGCCUGCAGUUGUAGAUGACUCAGACUCAGAGAAACGUACAAAGACUGUAGAUAAUGCAAACGAGCCAAUGAAAAUAGCUUGGCGAUAUCAGAAUAUGAAGUUAUUAGAUCCAACUCCUACAGGGGAUCAGGUAUUCGGUCAUUAUUACAAUCUUACAAAACCGAUGCAACAGGAUGUCUUAGAAUGUGCUGACAUAAAACAAUGGCAAUAUAAUGAAGAAGGAACACUGGAUGAAAAUAGUAUAUUUAAGAAUGCUGCAUAUGCUGACUUGUUAUAUACCAUAGAAAAAAUCUUACGCAAUCAAAAAUAUUAUCUCUCUCAAGCACCGGAUCAGAAAAAAAUUUUAAGAAUCGCGAUUCAUUCUUUGGGAUCAAGAUUAUGGCUGAGCGACACAAAAGAAGAUUCAAAUUGUGAUCUGUUAAAAUUUUUAUAUUGCUUCAGAGCGCUUUUAAGGAAUUCUUAUGCGGUCGGCGUAAUAACAAUACCAGUUACUAAUUUCGACAACACUGAUAGCAUUAUUGAAAGAAUUGAACAUUUGUCAGAUAUAGCGAUUGGAUUAGAAUCGUUUGCAGGGUCCGCAAAAGAGCUCAAUCCAUUGUUUAAAGAUUAUCACGGUCUUUUGCACAUUAAGAAAUUGUGUGCAUUAAAUGGUUUGUCACACGGCAGCACGCAACACAAAGAUCUAGCGUUUAAAUUACGCCGUAAAAAAUUUCUCAUAGAAAUUUUACAUUUGCCGCCCGAGUUUGAGGAUACAUCACAACGAGAACAAGAUGAGUUAGUAACAUCCGGUAUAGGAUGCACGAGUGCUGGAUCUCGCAAAAGUACACUUGAUUUUUAAAUUAUAAACAUACGAAAUUAAAUAUAUAAUAAUUUUAAUAUAUAUUUUUAAUGACAAAAUUAAAUGUUUAUUUUUUAAAAAUAGAGUUUAUUAUUUUAAUUAAAGUUCUUAUACUCUUUAUACUUACUUGAUCCUUUAUAAGAUAUUCUAAAUUUACUAUUUUGGAAUAUAGCUUGCAAUUUUGUUUCUAAAGUGGUAAACGAGCAAGUGGUAAACCAGAAUUUUUAGCGUACGCUUAGGUCACGCCUAUCUCGUUUAACGGGAAGUGCAUGGUGUGGCGGUUGAAUUAAUAUAGAGAAGAGGAGAUAGGCUUCGUGAACACUUACAAUAAUGCGCAUAAAGUAUCUUUUUGCGUUGUGUUAGACUGUUUAUAGGCUCAACUUACAAGUUUGUUUAUAUCAUAGAAAUAUAAUUUUUUAUGGGAGAUUCCUGUAACGAAUUUGGAAUUUCCUGAAGAUAACCAUUUACUACACAAUUAAUAUCUGUAAGAAAAACGAAACAGUAAAACACUUUCACAAUAUUGUAACGUUUUUCAAUAAAUUGAAGAUAUUUCUAUACAAAUAUAAAACAA